AUGACGACCCCGUCGACUUCGCCGCGAAGGCGGCACAUUCUUUCGUCGAUAAACCCGGACGACGGCCACGAGCCUGCGCGAGAACGCACGAAGCGGAGUCCGUCCGGCGAGCCGGCGUCGAAGGGCGAACCAGUACCAAAGGUGGAGGUGGACGACAACGACGAUACUCUACGGCCCAGGUCAUCGCGAAUCCGCCUAAAGUCGAAACACAAAUCGCGAUCACACAGACACCGCGACCGCGACCGCGACCGCGAAGACGACGGCGGCGGCGUCGAGGACUCCCGCUCACACCGGCGGCAUCACCACCGUCGCCAUCGCAGACGUUCACGAUCCCCCACGCCCCCGAACCCGCACGAACCCCAAGCCCUCGACCCGGACGCCGCCUUCCGCGAGUCUCUCUUCGACGCGAUGGCGGAUGACGAGGGCGCCGCCUACUGGCAGGGCGUCUACGGCCAGCCGAUACACGUCUACUCCAACGAGCGCCCCGGGCCGCAGGGCGAGCUGGAGCGCAUGACAGACGAUGAAUACGCCUCUCACGUGAGGCAGAAGAUGUGGGAAAAGACGCACCAGGGUCUGCUGGAAGAGAAAGCACGGAGGGAUGAGGCACGCAAACGCAAGUCGGAGGAGGAAAAGAGGAACAGGAAGCUUCAGGAGGACAUGGAACGCAGCCUCCGUCGCGGGGAGGAGCGUCGCCAGAAGAAGAGAUGGACUACACUAUGGGAGGAAUACACGCAGGCCUGGUCGGGCUGGACAGGCGAUGUCGACGGCAUACCAUGGCCUGUGGAGAGCGGGCACAGGACGGACGUCGGCGAGAAGGAAGUCCGCCGGUUCAUCGUCAAUGGGCUGGCGGUCGAGGAGAUUGGAGAAAAGGAGUUCGCCGCCAAGUUGCGCGAGGAGCGGGUGCGCUGGCAUCCGGACAAGAUGCAGCAGAAGCUCGGCGGGCAGGUCGACGGCGCGGUCAUGAAGGACAUCACGGCGAUUUUUCAGAUCAUCGACAAGUUAUGGGCAGAUACCCGGUCGAAGGCAUAA